CAUCGAGAAACACACGAUGCUCCAGCUGCUCAGUUCCCUCCUCCUUGUGGCCGCUGCCUUAGGCUGUGGCCGACCUUCCUCUCACCCUUCUAGCCGCGUUGUCAAUGGUGAGGACGCGGUCCCCUACAGCUGGCCCUGGCAGGUAAGAGCACCAGCUGCAUUAAUUCCCACCAUGGCCGAACUUCGAGGGUCAAAGGAAAGGACAAUUCUGAAGGCGAAGGGUCAAGACAAUGACAUCGCCCUCAUCAAGCUCUCACGCAGCGCCCAGCUGGGAGACGCCGUCCAGCUUGCCUGCCUCCCUCCUGCUGGUGACAUCCUUCCCAACGAGACACCCUGCUACAUCAGCGGCUGGGGCCGUCUCUAUACCAAUGGGCCGCUCCCGGACAAGCUGCAGCAGGCCCUGCUGCCCGUGGUGGACUAUGAGCACUGCUCCAAGUGGAACUGGUGGGGUUCCUCUGUGAAGAAGACCAUGGUGUGUGCUGGAGGGGACAUCCGCUCCGGCUGCAACGGUGACUCUGGGGGACCCCUCAACUGCCCCACGGAGGAUGGCGCCUGGCAGGUCCAUGGUGUGACCAGCUUUGUUUCUGCCUUUGGCUGCAACACCCUCCGGAAGCCCACGGUGUUCACUCGAGUCUCGGCCUUCAACAACUGGAUUGAGGAGAAAACCCAUCAGCAGUUAGAUUCAACGGACACGGCCCGAGCACCUAUGGUAUCCCAUGUCGGUGGAGGCCAGGCUGACGUGGGGUCCAGGGAGCUGGGGUCACACUGGGAGGGGAAGAUUGGCACUCUCGAGGGCCUUCACAUCCAGAUAAUUGAGGCAUCAAGGAAUUUCUAUCAAAUGUGA